AAAUUAAGACAUGUCACAUAACAUAAAUACCAGGUGUAUUGGAUCUUGUUAUCAUCAGUUGCAUUUUCUCUGUUAGUACCACUCCUGUACCUGGCAUCAUGUGCAUUUUGAGACUGACGGUGGUCACAUUGCUGGCUACAGCUUGCUGCACACUAACAGAUGGAGCAAUCAGCAUCACGUGUGAAGGCUCUGAUGCUUUACUGCAAUGUGAUGGAGGUAAGAUCCAUAUCAAGCGUGCGAACUACGGUCGUCGUCAACACGAUGUUUGUUCUAUUGGGCGCCCUGAUAACCAACUCACCGACACCAACUGCCUCAGCCAAUCCUCCACCAGCAAGAUGGCAGAAAGAUGCGGUGGGAAGAGCGAGUGUAUUGUCCCUGCAUCCAAUUUCGUUUUUGGAGACCCCUGUGUCGGGACUUAUAAGUACCUGGACACCAAAUACUCCUGUGUCCAACAGCAAGAAACAAGUCAGUCUCUGAAUGUGUGCUAAUAAUAUUUAGUAUUUAGUAUUUAAUAUU